AUGAUUCUUGUCUCGGAUAUCCUCUUUUAUUUUCUUCUGCUGUUUGUUUGGUCCUUUACGGUCUACCUUUUCCGUUCCAACGUUAAACAAUGGCCGAUAUCCAAAACUCAAAUCCGACACCCUCCCAGCCCUCCGGCAUUGCCUUUGGUUGGACAUCUCCAUUUACUUGGUCCAGCAUUGUCCAAGUCUUUCCAAGCCCUGGCCGCCCGCUAUGGUCCCCUCAUGCGGCUCCGUCUUGGUUCCAAAAGUAACAUUAUUGUUACUAAUGCAAUCAUUGCUAAAGAAAUGCUGAAAGAUAACGAGAUGAAUUUCGUUUCAAGACCCGAAUUAAAGUCCUCUGUCUACUUAACUUAUGGCUCACAGGACUUCGCUUUCGCCCCGUAUGGACCGUAUUGGAAAUUCAUGAAAAAACUCUGCAUGUCUGAACUUCUUGGAGGUCGGACCUUAGACCUAAUGUUUCCCAUUAGACAUUCUGAAGUAAAAAAUUUAAUACAAUCAUUUGCAACGUAUGCAAAAGCUAGCAAGGCAGUUGAUAUUCGAGCCGAGCUAAUGAGAACAACGAAUAAUGUGAUAUCAGAAAUGAUCAUGAGCAAAAAGUGUUCUGGAAAUGAUUCUGAGGCCGUGGAAGUUAGGAAGGCGAUUCAAGAGGGUUCUGAGCUCUGUGGACAGUUUAACUUGUCUGACUUAUUCUGGUUUUGUAAGAACUUGGAUUUGCAGGGACUUGGAAAGAGGCUCAAGAGAGUUCGCGACAAGUAUGAUGAGAUACUGAAAAAGAUCAUCCUGGAUCACCAGGAGAUGAGAAAGCAAAGGCAACCUGCUGAUGGUGAACCUGCCAAGGAUUUUGAUCAUUUACAGGAUGUAUUUACCGGUGGAUCAGAUACAUCAGCUAUUGCAGUGGAAUGGGCACUAGCAGAGCUAAUUAACCAUCCAUGUGUAAUGGAGAAUGUUGCACAAGAAAUUGAUUCUGUCGUUGGAAAAGGUAGACUGGUAGAAGAAACAGACAUUCCUAAACUUCCUUACCUUCAAGUCGUCGUUAAGGAAACACUAAGGCUUCAUCCACCAGGCGGGCCAUUCAUUUUGAGAGAGUCAAGUGAGGACUGCAGUAUUGACGGUUAUCACAUACCAGCAAAGACUAGACUACUAGUUAAUGUUUAUGCUAUUUCCAGAGAUCCCAAGCACUGGGAAAAUCCUCAUGACUUUCAACCACAAAGGUUUCUUAUUGAAGAAAGGAACCUAAAAGGGCAAUAUGAUGUAAGGGGACAAAAUUAUCAUUUCUUGCCAUUUGGUACCGGCCGAAGAGGCUGCCCUGGAAUUUCACUGGCAUUACAAGUUGUUCAAACAAGCCUUGCUGCUAUGGUCCAGUGUUUUGAAUGGAAGGUUGAUGGUAAAGAAGAUGGCAAAAUUGACAUGGAAGAGGGGAAAGGUGCAACUCUUCCCAGGGCUCAUCCUUUGGUUUGUGUCCCUGUUGCAAGGCUCAAUCCACUCCCAGCAACUGGACCAAUUGUUUCAAGGGAUUAA